GUCAAUUAGAAUAAUAGAGACAGCAUACAGAACCAGGAUGACUUUCAGUGUGUGGUUGUUAGUGUGUUUCUGUGGUUUAACUUUGGGCCAGGAAGGUUUACCUCAAACAGAAGUCGCUUCUGAAACCGGGUCAUGCUUUCCUGACAUGUGUAAGUUCCUCAAAGAGUUUGGAGCCAUGAAAGAGAAACAAGAAGUCAUGGAAACGAGGCAGACGGAGACUGAAAACCAAGUUCUAGUACUGAGGAAGAAAGAUGCAUCCAACAUAGCAUUUAGUGCUGCAACUGGUGGCAGUGGAAGCAUUGGACCCUUCAACACAGACACAACCAUAAUCUACAGAAGACUAAUAAUCAAUGUGGGCAAUGCCUACAAUCAGCACACAGGUAUCUUCGGUGCACCAGUUCCAGGCAUAUACUACUUCACCUUCUUUUAUCAUGCCGGAGGAUCACAAGUUGCCAGUCUAUCCCUGAUGAAGAACAACGAGGCAGUUGUGACAACCUCUGACCACCAAACAUCACAUGAUGGGGCUGAUAAUGGAGGCAAUGCAGCUUUCCUGCAACUGCAACAAGGAGACCAAGUGUACGUGCGGAUGCCUGCAAACUGUCACGUCUGGCAGAAUGAUUACCUCACCACCUUCAGUGGUGUUCUUCUGCGUCCACUCUGAAAUAAACUAUAUAUGCUACGCUACUAUACGCUUAACGUAUAAGCUUUUUAAUAAAUUUCUUGUCUCCAAACUAAAUUUACUGUUAACA